CAUCCAUACGUAUGUAAAUAUGUACAUAUAUAUACAAAACGAUCUCUCAGCUGCUUGUCCAAUUCCAAAGUAGUCUGAGACGUUAGGAUCGUACCACGCGAAUUUUCCACGCUGCAACGCCGUGUUUAUUUUUAGUCGCGAGUGUGCCAUGUCACGUCGUCGCGUCAACUCAUCGACAGGAUUUUUGCUGUAUAACAACGUACCACGGAAUUCUUAAGAACUCGACGAGGCAACGCAUAGAGGCUCGCAAUUCACUCGACAAUAAGUAAUUCUCUCGUGCGACCCAUUCGCUGCGAGUAUCUAUGCGCCGUUGAAAUUGUAAGUCAGCUGAUAACUUCAUCGAGGAUCCAACCAUGAGGAAGACCCGCGCCAGCAUCUUUCGCGAUAUCUACUAUCAGCCAUAUGACGACUGCACGAGGUUGAAGCUUUAUUCCAGCAGCAAAGCUAGCUUACAAUUAAUGCAGCGUAUGUCAUUGCUGAAGAGAUUGAAGGUCCACAAUGGUUGUGUUAAUUCUAUAUGUUGGAACAGCAAUGGAGAAUUGAUACUGUCUGGAAGUGACGAUCAGCAUCUCGUCCUAACUAAUGCACAUAAUUAUGAGGUAUUAACGGAUUAUAAGACAAGUCACAGGGCAAAUAUUUUUAGUGCCAAAUUUUUGCCUAAUAGUGGAGAUCACCGUAUUGUUUCAUGUAGUGGAGAUGGCAUUAUUUUGUAUACAGAUUUAAUGAGAAGAACGGAAACGUUUUAUAAUCAAUUCACUUGUCACACCGGCACUACUUAUGAAAUUGCGACAAUACCCGGUGAACCACAUAGUUUCUUAAGUUGUGGAGAAGAUGGGACUGUGAGAUGGUUUGAUCUUAGAAUAAAGGACAAAUGUAGCACUACGAGAUGUAGAGAAGAUGUACUAAUCUCGUGUCAAAGAGCCGUGACCGCUUUAUCUGUGAAUCCUGUAUUGCCUCACCAAAUAGCAAUCGGUUGUUCCGAUAGCACUGUAAGAACAUUCGACAGAAGAACUCUCGGUACACCGGCCACCGGUUGGACGAACGCGGAAAGUUCAGUGAGACCACUGUGCAGUUUUACUGUCCCAGAAUUCGAAGGCAAUUCUUACAGGAUUACGUCGUUGAGUUAUAGCCCGGACGGGCAAGACGUCCUUGUCAGCUACAGCAGCGAUCACCUCUAUUUAUUCAGUAUUAAAGAUCAAGGCAGUUUGCAGUUACGAAAAGAUACGACAAUAGGAAAAGGAAAAGGAAAGAAGCAUCCGUUGAGAUCAUCUCAACCAGUUCGUCGUUUGAGACUUCGUGGUGAUUGGUCGGAUACCGGUCCCGAUGCACGUCCAGAAAGAGAAGGAGGACGUCGUAGUGGUACAGAAGUCGCUCAGGCAAGGCCAGUAUUGCAUACGUCCUUGAUGCAAAGAAUGACGGAUGUGCUUAGCAGAAUGUUAAAUGACCCUGCCACACGCGCUGCUCUGAGUGCUGGAGGUGAAGAUAGUUUAGAAGGUGUCAUUGAACAACCAGAAGGUGUCCAAAAUGUUGAAAAUAAUCCUGAAUUGAACACAGAAAGAAGUAACGACGCGGUUGAAUUGAGUGCAGAGCAAAGAAAUACUUUAGAAACAAGUGAAAAUACAAGCACUGAUAGAGUUGAAAGUACAGACAUGGAUGAAACAAUUAAUACUGAGAGACUUCAAACGAGAGAAAUCGAACAAUCUCAGGAAUACAAUCAAUUAUCAUCAUCGAGUAUAUCGGCCAGUAUAAACGAUGAUGUUCCUAUGGAAACUGAUUCUAGUCAAAGCGAUCGAGCGCAAAUUACUUCUUUAAGAUGUACAACUAGUCACGACAGAACUGAGCAUGAUAAUGCAUGGAAUCGAAAUAGAAAUGAGAAUGAAGCCUCAUGUGGGGAUAUAACUAGUAAACAAGAGAAUAUGAUGGAGAAUCUUCAAGAUAGAUUAACAACGAUGCGAGACGGUUUCCUUGAACGACAUGGCAGUGAACCUGCUGUGAGUUUAACAUAUUCCGACAAAAGUUCAACUAAUGCCACGAUAUCACUUGGUGUUGGCGAUGAAAUGACUCGCGACAGUUAUCAUCCAGGACCAUCUGGAAGUAGUGAUGGAACUCUUGAUGCAGGCCCGAGUAAUAAUCGCAAACAUUACAAAAUUGAAGAAGUUGUGUAUAUCGAUAGCGAUGACGAAGAUAUUCAAUCUAAUGAAAGAUUAUUAAAUCCAAUGGGGAAAAUGGAUGAAGCAAUUGCCAAUGCUUGUUCAUCGCAAGGUCACGAGACGUUCGAUGAUGCUUGUCUAACAGAGCUCUGCGUCAAACGAAAAUAUAUAGGACAUAGGAAUGCCAGGACCAUGAUCAAGGAAGCGAAUUUCUGGGGCAACGAUUUCGUCAUGUCUGGUAGCGAUUGUGGUCACGUGUUCGUGUGGGAAAGAGAUACCGCAAGGUUGUGUAUGCUAUUGGAAGCGGAUCAGCACGUCGUUAAUUGCCUGCAACCGCAUCCGUAUCUUCCAAUGCUGGCUACUUCUGGCAUUGACUACGAUGUUAAAUUGUGGGCGCCGGUCAACGACGAACCAAACUUUGACGAAAAGUUUGCCGAAGACCUGAAAAAGAGAAAUGCCGUUAUGUUGGAAGAGACCAAAGAUACAAUUACUGUACCAGCGGUUUUUAUGAUCAGAAUGUUGGCAUGUCUCAAUCAGAUACGCAGAGGUCGAGGUCGCAACAGGAGACGGAGCAGCGACGAAGGUGGCGAUUUACGAGGUGGUUGAGUCGUCUUCGAUGUACUGCAAGUAAUGACGAGCGAUAAUAAAAACGAAACUCGCGUAUCGAUUGUAAAACUGCGACUAUGAUAAUUCUUUAUUUACCGAUCGAAUCAAUAAACAUGGAAGAUCCUGAUCGGCAUAAACAGAUCUCGUGAUACUUUAAGUCCAAUUCAAAUGGUAUUUUGGUGUAAAGAUACAGUUAUAAAAUAUCCGAUGACAUUACGAACAUCAUUACGUAUUCAUAUAUACCUUGUGCUUAUAAUAAAAUACCAAAC